AUGGCUCUCAGCUGGAGAUCGGCUCGUCAUGUCUUUAAGCUUACCCAGACAGCACGACCUGCUCUCUCAGCGCGUCACUAUGCGACUGUCGAGCCCGACCUAAAGACCACCUUGAAGGAGGUUAUCCCGGCUAAGCGGGAGCUCCUGAAAAAGGUCAAGGCCCAGAGUGAGGAUGUGGUCAGCGAUGUGAAGGUUGGAAGUGUCAUUGGUGGUAUGCGUGGUCUCAAGGCCAUGCUCUGGGAGGGCUCCGUCCUCGACGCAGAUGAGGGAAUCCGCUUUCACGGCAAGACAAUCAAAGACUGCCAGAAGGAACUGCCCAAAGGCAUCACUGGCACAGAAAUGCUACCCGAGGCCAUGUUCUGGCUGUUACUGACUGGUCAGGUGCCCUCCACAGGGCAGGUUCGUACCCUUUCGCGCGAGUUAGCCGAGAAGUCCGAACUUCCCUCCUAUAUUCUCGACCUAAUCAAGACUUUCCCCGCCUCAAUGCACCCUAUGACUCAGUUGUCAAUUGCCGUAGCAGCCCUCAACACCGAAUCCAAGUUCGCCAAGGCCUACGAGAAUGGCAUCAAUAAGGCGGACUACUGGGAGCCCACCUUUGAUGACAGCAUCUCCCUUCUUGCCAAGAUUCCUCGUGUGGCGGCACUUGUAUUCCGCCCUACUGAAAUUGAUGACGUCGGUGCCCAGAAGCUCGACGCCACUCAGGAUUGGUCACACAACUUCGCAGAGCUACUGGGCAAGGGUGGCUCCGAGCAUGCUGACUUCCAUGACCUCCUCCGUCUGUACCUAGCUCUGCACGGCGAUCACGAAGGCGGCAAUGUGUCAGCCCAUGCAACCCAUCUUGUUGGAAGCGCUCUGAGUGAUCCAUUCCUGAGUUACAGCGCUGGUCUCAUGGGCCUGGCUGGUCCACUCCACGGCCUGGCUGCCCAGGAGGUUCUCCGCUGGGUGAAUGCCAUGCAGGAAAAGAUUGGAACCAACUUCACCGACGAAGAUGUUCGCACCUAUCUCUGGGAUACUCUGAAGUCGGGCCGUGUGGUUCCUGGAUAUGGUCAUGGCGUUUUACGUAAACCCGACCCUCGUUUCGAGGCUCUGAUGGACUUUGCGGCCAACCGCCCGGAUGUUCUUGCCAAUCCGGUCUUCCAGUUGGUCAAGAAGAACUCGGAGAUUGCUCCUGGUGUUCUUAUGGAGCACGGAAAGACCAAGAACCCAUACCCCAACGUUGAUGCCGCCAGCGGCGUCCUUUUCCAUCACUUUGGCUUCCAACAGCCACUAUACUACACUGUCGCGUUCGGCGUGAGCCGUGCUCUUGGUCCCCUGACCCAGCUGAUCUGGGACCGUGUUCUUGGCAUGCCUAUUGAGCGCCCCAAGAGCAUCAACCUCUUAGGCCUGCUCAAGAAAUGA